AUGGAGUUUAUGAGUGAUCUUGGUUCAAGUGCGGACAUUUACCGUCCCACAUUAUUUGAACUGAUAUCACAAGAGAAAAUGCGUGAUUUAUUACAGCCGGCCGUAAAAUACGUUCUUUCCAUCUACGCUCAAAGAUAUCCGAGAUACCUAUUGAGAAUAGUCAAUGCUCAUGAAGAAUUCUACGCAUUAAUUAUGUUCUUUGUUGAAAGACAUUAUCUCAAGGAAUGGGGUGGCUCUUUUGCUGAGAAUUUCUACGGACUGAAACGGAUUCGAAGUUUACGAAAAGGAAAGGUGUUAUUAGAAGAAGAAACAUCCCAUAAAGAACUGAAAAAGCUAAGAGAUGUCGAUGUAUCAAGGUCGCUUAUCUUUCUUGUAGGACUUCCAUAUGUGAAGGCGAAGCUCGACGACUUGUACGAACGCCUUGGUGGAGGUAUUGAGGCGCAGCUACUUGGGGAUGACUCUGAUGAGGAAGAUUAUGAAGAUACAUCGCAGAUGAAUAGAUCAGAUCGCCUCAUAAGUUACUUUAAAAGAGGAUUCAAACGAUGGUAUCCUUGGAUAAACUUUCUAUACCAUAGCUCAAUAUGGAUUUUUGUCGUUGCAUAUCUGGCUGAAAAGACGCGAUAUCAUUCUCCAUGGUUAAAAUUACUUGGAAUUGAAGUUCGACGAAUGAGUUUGCAAGAUUAUCAAGAGUAUUUCAAACGGAAAAGUAGACGCCAAACACCAGCACCUCCAUCAACGUGGCUAGAAGCUUGUCGUAGAUCAUUGAUCGUUGGACUUGCGGGAAUAUUAAAUCUCUUAAAAAUUAUCCUACCAAUGUCUAUAUUCUUCUAUAAGUUUCUGGAAUGGUGGUAUUCAAGUGAUUACGCCAAGAGAAUUGCUGGCGAUUCGACGGUGAAUGUUCCACCACCAGAAAGAAUUGAGCCUGAUCCAGAGGGUAUUGGUAUACCCGAUACACCGAAUACAUGUCCGCUUUGUAUAGACGAGCUAAAAAAUCCAACGGCACUUCCAUCAGGAUAUGUCUUUUGCUACUCUUGCAUAUAUCCAUAUGUAGAAGAACAUGGCAAAUGUCCUGUUACGCUGAUUAAAGUCGAUAUUGAAGAACUAAGAAGGGUAUAUAGUGCAGGUUCUUAA